AAAAUACCCUGUCUUAAAUUUUGAGCUCAGAAGUAAUUUAUUUAGAUCUAUUCGGUGUACUCAAUGCUUGAGUCCUAGGAAGAAGGUUUCCCCAUCUCUCUCCAGAAACUCUCCUGGUUCUCCCCGUAGUUCCCCUCUGCCCCCUUCCAGCUCCCCUGUCCCCCCUGCUACUAUCUCAAAUGUGAACCGUGCCAACGCGAUGAGAUCACUAGCUGACCAGCUGCAACCUCUUCAUAUAUCAGUAACUCCAACCAAUACAGGUAACAACUCUACGGCAGAGACGAGUUUAAGUCCCGCCCCCUCCUCCUCAGCGAAGUGGGCGUGUCUGGUUUGUACCUACGUUAACUGGCCAAGAAGUCUACGCUGUGUCCUGUGCUCCACUGUAAAGGGGCAGAACGUCCCUGACCCCCUUGUAUCCUUAGCUGGAGCCCCUGAGCAACGAAUACCUGAUCCAACCCCUGCCAGAGACUCACCUUCCCCUGAAGGUGCGUCAAUGCGUCGACUAGACGCCAGCUCCGCCAUGCAUAGUCUGGAAAACAGACGAAACUUAAGUAGGCAGAGUUCAGACAAUAAAAUAGACAUUCUUAGUCAACAGGGUUUAGAAAACUCAUCGGAACUAAUCCGGCAUAGUACAGAUAUAAAAUCUGGCCUUGUCCGUCGUGCUUCCGAAAACAAACGAACCAACCAGGCUGACACCAACGAUGCAGAUAAUCAGAGUUUAGACAACCGCCUGACCUCCCUAGCAGAGUCCAGAGAUCGGUGGACCCCAGACCAAUCAGGUUCAGGGUCUGGAUCCGUGGCUGGGGCAGCAGGUUCUAAUAAUCUAGAAUAUGAGAAGAGACUUCGUCAGCUCAGGCGACGAAUGCGUGAGACUGACUGGGCGUGGGUAUCUGCGUGUAUGGGCGUGGUUGAAGGCGAUAUCUGCCCUGUGGAGGCGUAUCUUAACUCAGGCGGAGAUCCAACCAGGAAGUUAACCCAAGGUGAGGCUGGUAUGCUGGGUAGACCUGGUAUAUUUGAACCUGGUCAUACUUUGGUUCAUUUAGCAAUCAAAUAUCACAGGGAGGAUCUACUAGCAACACUACUCAGCCAGAUGGAGGGGUUGAGUAACCCAGCUGUGAAACGAGUACCAUCAUAUGUAGCUCCAGACCUAGCUGCCGCAAUCAGGAGACAGUUAGCUCUCUCACUUAGGCAUCGUAAAGGUGGUUUUCCCUGUUUUUAUCUGUCCGACUGCGCCACCUAUACACUUCCACCAGAACUAGAGGAUCUGCCUCGCAAUGUCCAGGAGCAACUGUACAACGAGCUGCUGGAUAAGGAUGCUAAAGCAGAAUUGGAGAGUGAGCUUUGUAUAAACUGGAGUGAAGAGAUAACUAAUGUGUUGGGAAGCAGACUGUUCCCUUUAUGGAACCGGUCUGCAGGAGACUGUUUGCUAGAUGCUGCAUUACAGGCGACCUGGGGUGUUUUUGACAGGGAUAAUAUGCUAAGAAGAGCAUUGGCAGAUAGUUUAACAGAAGCAGGACAUGUAUUUAAUCCCCGUUGGAAGGAGUGGGAGACUAGACAAGCUCAGGAACUCGGGUUCUCAUUGGCUGACAGUCAGUGGGACUCGGACUGGGCAGACCUUCUCAGUCUGGCUGGUCAGCCUGGAGCUAGUCUAGAGCAGACGCAUAUAUUCUGCCUGGCACAUGUACUGCGCCGACCUAUAAUUGUGUACGGGGUGAAGUACGUAAAGUCCUGGCGGGGUGAGAACCUCGGGUACGCAAAGUUUGAAGGAGUUUAUUUACCUCUCCUGUGGGAUCCAGGUUUCUGCUACAGGUCUCCGAUUGCUCUGGGGUACACCAGGGGCCACUUCUGUGCGUUAGUUCCCCCUGAACCUGACCUUAGUUGUGGUGGGGCAGGGGGUGGAGCUGCACCCCUCACCCCUCCAACUGUUUGUGCAUAUCUACCCCUUGUCUCAAGGGAACAGGAGAUGUUACCCCUUCAUUUUACAUCAAGGGGUGAGGUAGGGAGAGAGGAGGAAAUAUUGAAACAGUGGAUGGAUGUUGGUAUAACAGAAGCAGGAAUAAUGGUUGCUCAGCAGACGAUAGCUCGACCCCCUCUACUUGUUGCUCAGAUGACAGAGGAAUGGUUGAACUAUUAUAGAAAAAUUGCACAGAGUACCUCCGCCCCGGUGGCUGGGCGGAGCCAGCUCUCCGCCAGGAUAGAGCUGGAGUCAUCGGAGGAGAGUACAGAUGACGAUUGAUUUAUUGUCCGCCGGUUAAUAGACGAUGAUUAAAAUAUCGUCCACCGGAGAACUGUCCAAUCAUCUAGGAUCACUAGUCAAGCCAUUGUGUCGAGAUUCAAAUGUUAUUUGUAUCAAUUUGUAAUUUAGUAUCAUGUGUACCAUCAUCUAUAUUCAACCUGAAAAGGAGUGACUGGCUAGCCAGUCUCUCUCCCUUUAAAUUUAUUUGCUGAGUAGUACAUCAAUAGAUGGAUCAUAGUAUAGAACCUGAUUAGAAGUAGAAUAUAUAGAAUGUUAUAUAUAUUUGAAUAGAUACUUAAUAAUAAGAAAGAAAAAUUCAAAAGUUGAUUAAAAUGUCCUGGCGAUACCUAUUUCCUUUUAUAUAUCUUUAAAUUAAAGAUCUUUCAUCAUUUCAAAUUUAAUUCUAAA